AUUUGUGAAUAAGGAAGAGAGAAGACUGGCUUGUUGCUAUCUGUCUCUAAGACACCUUCCUGGGGAUGUUGUGGCUGCUUGUCGGACCUGAGGAGAGAAAGUCGGGCUGAGUCACCAGUGGUACAGAGAAACUCUACGGAGGUCCUGGCACCCCAGACUGUGAGAGAAAGAAAUGAGUGGUGGAUUAGCACCAAGUAAAAGUACUGUGUAUGUAUCCAACUUGCCUUUUUCUCUGACAAACAAUGACUUAUACAGGAUAUUUUCCAAAUAUGGAAAAGUUGUAAAAGUUACUAUUAUGAAAGACAAAGAUACCAGGAAGAGUAAAGGUGUUGCAUUUAUUUUGUUUUUGGAUAAAGAAUCAGCACAAAACUGUUCAAGGGCACUAAAUAAUAAGCAGUUAUUUGGAAGAGUGAUCAAAGCAAGCAUUGCUAUUGACAAUGGAAGAGCUGCUGAGUUCAUCAGAAGGCGCAACUAUUUUGAUAAAUCUCAGUGUUAUGAGUGUGGAGAAACAGGUCACCUAAGUUAUGCUUGUCCUAAAAAUGUGCUUGGAGAACGUGAACCACCAAAAAAGAAAGAAAAGAAAAAAAGAAAGAAAAUUAUUAAACUGGAAGAAGAAAUUGAAGAAGUGGAAAAAAGUGAAGGUGAAGGAGAAGACCCUGCUCUCGAUAGCCUCAGCCAAGCCAUAGCUUUCCAGCAAGCUAAAAUUGAAGAAGAUCAACAAAGAUGGAAACCCUGUGCAAGUGAACCCUCAACAUCAGAUGAUUCAAGACGCCCAAGGAUAAAGAAAAGUACAUAUUUCAGUGAUGAGGAAGAACUUAGUGAUUGAAAUGGAUUUAUUUAUAUGUCUUUGAAAUAUAAAAACUUUGAAGCACAGUUUAAUUGGUGUUAAAAUUACCACUAGAACUUUGACUGUAAGGAAAUAUGUAACUAACCAGUUUUACAUCUUUAAAUUAGGAUUACAAAAUUUACUUUCAUAGGAAACCAGAAAAUAAUUUAUAAGAAUCAUGUUCCUAAUUUUAUUUU